UGGAUCCAAUUACCACAAACCCAAAAAAAAUGAAGAAAUUUGAGACAGAAAAAGAAACACAAAAACAACAGUUUAAUCGGAUGAAACAUCACAUGCCCAGAUCUGUCUCACUACAUUGAGCCAGCGUACAUUUGCUCUGUCUUUGUUUUCACCUCGUAACUGCAAAAGUAAUUGCCACGCAUCCAGCUUGGAUCUCAAAGUAGCUAACUAACUGAGUCAUUGACGACGAUGUUUUUCGUCGGAUAGUUUGGAAGAAUCUUGGUUCCACAGUACCCCUGCAAAAUUCCAUUCUAUCUUCUUCUUCUGGUCCUGUAUUUCCAGCUUCUCACGCAAAAUAAGAAGGAUUUUGGUAGGAUGAAGAACACCCACAUGCUCAUACUAGUUCUUGGACUAACUUCAAUAGCUUUGUUGGUAAUUCUCAUACUUGUCAUCAUGUUUUACCCCAAAAGAACGGUGAAAAAUGGUCGUGAAGAUAUGGAAAACAUGGACCAGAAAUAUGGAGUUGAGGCUCGGAUAGAGGACUUGAUGACUUUCCAUGGUGGGCAGGACCUGACAAUAAGUGACAUUCUGGAUGCUCCGGACGAAGUGGUAGGGAAGUCCAACAAUGGCACGCUGUAUAAGGCCUUAAUGCAGCAGAGCACCACGUUGAGGCUGCUGAGGUUUCUGAGGCCAGUUUGCUGUGCCAGAGGUGAGGAAUUUGUUGAUGUGAUUCAGCUUCUGGGAUGCAUAAGGCAUCCCAACUUGGUGCCUCUUCUAGGAUUCUAUGCAGGGCUGAGGGGAGAGAAGCUUCUUGUUCAUCCGUUUUACAGGCGCGGCAAUCUGGCCGAAUUCAUUCGAGAUGGAAACGGUGACUCUCACAAAUGGGCCAUCGUUUAUAGCAUCUCAAUUGGUAUAGCCAAGGGUUUGGAAUAUCUCCAUACAGAAUUCCAGAAGCCCAUAAUCCAUGGAAACCUCAAGUCUAAAAACAUACUUUUGGAUUGCAAUUACCAACCAUACAUCUCAGACUUUGGCCUUCACCUUCUGCUGAAUGCUACUGCUGGCCAAGAAAUGCUUGAAACUUUAGCAUCUGAGGGCUACAAAGCUCCCGAGUUAAUCAAAAUGAGAGAUGCAAGCGAAGAGACUGAUAUCUAUAGCCUUGGGGUAAUCUUACUUGAACUGCUUUCAGGGAAGGAACCGAACCCAACUUCUGAGGAGGAUGAUUUCUUUCUGCCUAACUUCAUGAGAAACGCGGUCCUUGGACAUAGGAUCGGAGACUUAUUUCGUCCAGACAUACUUCUCAGCAACAACAAUGAAGAUGAGAGCCGGGUUACUGAAGAACGCAUUCUCAAAUUCUUUCAGCUUGCUAUGACUUGUUGUUCUCCUUCUCAUUUUGUCAGGCCCAAUAUCAAGCAAGUCAUGUGGAAGCUUGAAGAUAUAGGAAAAUAAGAACUUUGGUAUUUUGUAGAGAAUCCAACUAGGUACUGCUGGUACCUCAUUGCAUAUACAUAUC